AUGAUGCUAGAUUUUAGGCAAGAGAGGUUUACUGGAUUUGUUGGGAAUGAGGAGAACAGUGGGCAGCAGGGACAAGUGGCCCCCAGACAGAUUCGUUCUGGUGGAAACGUUCUUCCGGAUUCAAACUCCGUGCUGACGGUGGGAGGAAGGGCACUGACCAAACACAGCCAUAGGGAUCACACAUCCAGUUGGUGGGGCAUUUGCAAAGGCAGCGAACAAGAUAAGAACGAUCACGCAUUUAAGAAGAUGACGGAGAUAAUGGACAGUGCAGCUUGGAUGAAUGUACACGAACUGCCAGGUGAACUGCCGACAAUUGAGAUCAGACAGAAAAAUGGAUAUGGAGUGAGAUGGACGUGUGAUGGCGCCGAGUUCAGGGGGUUUGUGGAGCCCCAGAUGGCUGAUGGACACGUAGUUGGUUGGAUUCAUUGA